AUGUCCACUUCCACUAUAGUACCCACGUCCACGUACUACGUAUACAGCACUCGUACUGCAGUCCAUACAUCCAACAGUACGUACAUACACAGUAGUUCGUAUGCAUGGCCUGACGCCGUGACGGACGAGCAACACCCAACAGCCACCCCCACCACCACCACCACCGCCAUCACUACAGGCAAAUGGAAGCACAGCAUGCAACACGGCAGGCAUGCGGGCGCAGCGCUCGGUCUCCAUCUCACCCAUCCUCUUUCCAACCCUUUGCGCCUCGCUCCCACCCCGGCUCUUAGUCGGCCACCCAUGCUACGCCAUACAGUACCUAGAUCACAGUGGCCCCCGCCCUGUCCACUCAGCUGCUGUCACCCUCUAUCCACUCUGCCUUUCCCGUCGGCUGCUUUCGAUAAGCAUUCUUGUCCGGGCUUCCCAAUCGAAGCUCUCCACGACAGUCGCCUUCCACUAUCAGACGCCUUGUUGAUCGCCAGCGCUUCACAAGCCCUCCAACAUUCCGACCACACUCUCAUGUCUUACCAUGGAGCAUUGCGGGUACCCAAACCCUCACGCAGGGUCGCAGAUUCGCGAAAUCGCAGAGCAAUCCACCUCCACCUCCUCCUCUUAGACUACUUCCUCGUCUCCGCCUCCCCCUCCUCCGCCGCAAGCAGACGUCAGCACCGACUGAGCGCGACAACACAGGUCAACACAGCCAGGUCCCAGAUCCCUCUUUCAUCAAAGAACAACAUUGCGUCGUUCCAAACCGUCCACAAGUCCGAAUGUGACCUCUACGAGCGAGCCAAUGACACGGCCCUGGCUCCCUACUGGCUCAUAGGCUGUGUGAUUCCCAUCGCAGCGGCCCCCCUUUAG